CCCUUUUGUCUUUUCUUCAGUUUGUUAACUUCUCCAAAAGCCGCAUGGACUCCGGGUGAGGCGCGCAAACCUCCCGGCAUGCCGUCGCUGCAUUUGGUUGGAAUUUGGCACAUCCGGAACAAACGGCGGCUUUCACCUCGUUUCCCUCAAGCGCCGUUUCAUGGAGUUUUUGGGGAAAUUGUUGAUUGACAGCACAGGAGCGAGGUCUGGAGCUACUUCAUUGCACCAUAAUACCAAAGGGCCAUAUGAUGAGCAGCCAGCCAAUGCCCACCGUUGUUGACCCGGUGUUUCGAAGCAAAAUGCCCCUAUUGGACGGGACCAUAGAAUCCACAGGACUGUCGAAGCCACAAAAUAUGUCUGAUUUCCUGGGUAAGCAGAUGCUGCAGUACGGCGGGGCCUACUUCUCUUAUGAUCCCAGAGGAAAGGACGGCGCGGGAUUCACUUCUUGGAGCAACUCAAAGAGCUCUCUGGUCGAUGCCAGAAGUCCCGUGAGUCCCCUUUCUGGCAUGGAGGGACAAAACCACAUCAUUUACAGGCAAGACAGCAAUUCCUCAGAGGAGGGCCAAUGCCAUUCUUCCCCACUGUAUCAUGCCAGAGCAAAACAGGGCUUUACAUUAUUCGCUAAAAGUCCUGGGAUCAGCAGUCCUACUGCUGGGGGCUCAGGGGCUCAUAGAAAACCCCAAACUGGAGGUGAGAGUUCAUCUCCUCCAUCUGAAAACGCUGUUUACUUAGCGAUUCCUAAGCCAGUUUAUGUGCACAACCCCUGCUGUAAUGAACUGGGCUGUGUGAUGACACAACGAUACAGCCUGGAACACGGCUCUCCGAGGAUGCCAAACACUGUGUAUGAGCACGAUUGGAUGCAAACAGAUAGCCACUACACAGAAAGACCACUCAUCCAGAGGAAAGCGCAAGACACCGUGCCGCAGCAGAGAGGUGUACAGAUUGAGUCCAGUGCAGAAAGACUAAAGAGGAUGACUGAAGGGACGUGGAGCCCAGGUAGAACGAGGACUUUCCCUGGUAGGAUUGACCCCAAAUACAGCAGUUACCCAUGCACCCCGACUCGCACACUGUUGGGUUCUCCAAGUGAGCACAGCCAGCAUUUACAGAACUCCCCCAGAGGUUACCCUAGCUUGUACCCCUCCCAUCCCGUAUAUGAGCAUAUGACCUCAGAGGUUUAUCGGGAACAUUCUCCCAUGACCAAAUAUGGCCAGCUAACACAGCACCCAAUGUUUUACUACUCUCAGGCAAAUGCUGAGGUAGAGAACGGGACACAGUUCAAGCAGAGAGAAGAUGUGCCUGUUAUUGUUAAACACACACUCUCAAACCCCAGGGAGCAUUACAUCGUGCCUCCGUCGUUUCACGGUGAAAUUCCAUUGCCAGGCACUGAAACAUUGCCAAAUCAUGCCUUGAUGCAGGGUUUUGACUAUUCAUAUUACGCAGUUCCCAGAUUUAAUUUAAAUGCAAGCCAACUCCGAGCCCCCCCGAAAAGGCAACAUGCAUCCCCUGGCGUAAAUUAUUCCCCAUCCGUCCAAUACGUGGAGCACCCCAUGGCCCCUGCAACCAAUCUACACAAGGACAAACCCAACACAAGCCUGCGUGUUGGCCAACCACACACCAACUUCCCACUGCUACGUGUGGAACAAACCAGUCCUGCCCGGCGUGGAAGCCAAGCUGGUCUCUCACCAUCCAGCACACAGACUAACAGAUUUUUUCACCCACUCAACAGCCUGCACAUUGACCGACCUGUCUUUCCACCAACUGGCUCGAGCAUGGACAGAAGGAUGGACUAUUCCGCUUAUGAUGCCCAGGUUACGUGCCCAAAAAUGGCAAGAAGCCUUCCUGUUUCGCCAGCUGCAUGGCCGCCCCGGUCACCGCAUCACAGUUCAGAUCAAGUCCAGGCAGCUGUACCUCAUUGUGCAAACGUCCGAAAAAUAAUUUAUUCCCCUGCUGUUGCAAUAGGAAAUAAACAGGAUGGCCCCGUGUCCAGUUCAGGCCCUGCUGCUCUGAAAGGGGGCCCGAAAAGACGUCCUUCUCAAUCCCCUUCACCAAUCAAAAUAAAAGAAGAGGAUAUGGAUGAAUGUGCGGUUGAACUCCAUAAGAGAAGACGAAGGGCGGAAAUGGAGAAUGGAGAAGCAGGAAAUGAAACGGACUCUCCUCCAAUGCCAAUAAUUGACAAUGUCUUUAGCUUGGCACCUUACAAAGUUUACCUGCAGGCAUCUGGAGAGUUAUUUCCAGGCAGAAUCGGCCAAUCAGCUGAGCAGCGUGACAACGAAACCAAGAAAGACGUUAAAGCCCAAAUGCCCAAUCGAGAUGAAAAGCAGUCUGUGCUCCGUCUAGUUUCCAGAACAACGUGUGCAGAUACUCACACGAAGAAGCCUGCUGAAGAGAUCUUUGAACCCCAAAAUAUUAAAGUGGAAGAAAACGUAUAUCCAUUAGAUCCCUAUGGGUCCUCAAAGACUCCUGAUGGUGAGAGGUACUGCAGCGCAUUAACAAUCAAAAAAGAACCUGAAGAGACCAGUUCAUGCAACAGCGAACCAAUGUUGUUGAUAAAGAAAUGUGAACCUGAUGAACUUGAAAGUAAACCCUUGUUAGCAGAUGAAAAAGUAACCUCAGAUGAGUCCAAACCUGGUGGGGUCACUGCACAGAUUUGUCCUGAGAACUUGUCUUCUCGGGCCCUGCAACCCAAAGCCAUUACUCCUCCUCAACCACCUGGAAGCAAAUUUGAUUUUAGAAACAUUCCUCCCCAGAGUCUGAAACUUUCCACCUACAAAUUAUUCUUUUGUGAUACAAAGCAAUCUUUCCCGGCUCCUGCACAGCCAAUAACCCAAGUUAUAGUCCGCAGGCACUUCUUUGAGAUGCACCAUUCACUCUGCAAGCUGGUGUCCGACUUUGUUUUGGCUUCUUCAAAGCAGGAACUCCGAACCUGGUUGUCUCAGUUGGGACUUGAUGAAGCGACAUCUCCUCCAACCAAAGUCCAGAAAGUGUCUUGUUUGUUGGGGGUAAAAGCCAGAGAGGCGUGGCUCAAUGAGGAGAUGAAGUCAGCGCUUGAUACGGUGCUGGAGAGGAUGCGAGAGUACACCGCCCAGGACCGCUGUCCUUUUCCGCACGUCAUGCGGACGGGGGCGGUGUUCCUCCCCAUGCUGGUGGUGAAGGAGCUGCUGUUUCCAAUGGUCCAGGGCAGCUUCAUCGACCAGGUCCUGCAGGAGCACAGAGUGGAGCUGCGGCCGACCACGCUCUCCGAAGAGAAGCUCCUCAUCCAGUUCCAUAAAAGAGCCUGUUCCUCCAGGCUCAGAAGACUAAUGUCCCUCAAACACCUGCCUGACAUUUACGCUGACGUGGUCAACCUUUUGUAUCACACCUGUGUCUGCAAACACCUGGGAUUAGAGAUGGACGAUCCUGAUGAGGGAGAGACGGAUGACGGGGGCGAGGAAACUCCUGGCCGCAGGAGUCCUGCGUUUUCAGACAUCAGCGCCUCGCCCUCAGAAUCGCCCCAAGCCAGACGUCUUAAGGACCACGACAAAAACCGGAGUAGAAGAAAAAGCAGGGUGAAGACCAGUUCGAGGCGGAUGUUUCUGGACAACAGUUUGUCAGAGAAGGAAGAGGACGACGACCCAAAGACGACCGGCGGUGGGGGCGUGCUGGAUGCGUUCAGUGGUCGUCGGCGCCAAGACCCUGAAAAUACAGCAAGUGGCUGUUUGGUUUCACGGCGGGAUUCCUCGCUCAUUCCACAUGGCGCGACUUUAGAAAAGUCCUGGAUGUGUCCUAUAACCUGUGACGCGCUUUCUCCAUCCCCCAGUGACACGGAGGCCGAGGAGCUCUCCAGCCUGCAGCCCGUCGGAGCAAAGUCUCCGGAUAGAUCCAAGAACUGUUCAGGCGUCAUCCUCAAGCUUAGGAGGAUGUUUAGAGGUCUAGACAGGAAAAAGGCGUGCUACCAAGCCGUCUCCUCCUCGGGGUCGUUCGCCGAUGCUCCCCACGUACACACCGACGACGACGGGGAAGUGAGCGGCGAGACGCGCCGCCGCAGGAGGACGCGCCGAGCGACCCGCAGGUGGCAGAGAACCUCAAGACCCUUUAACGGCUCGUCCAAAAGAAAACACCGCUCGGUGGUGAAGAUCAAAUACUGCCCCUACUUGUCGACGUGCCACAGCCCCGAACACAGGAGGCGAUGGGUCCUGCGCUCGGCCGUCCAGAGGGCCAUGAGUUUGUACCCCGACCUGGUAGGGAAGAAGAUCCGUCAUCUGUAUGAAGAAGUUGACAAAUCAGAAGUGUGGUACAGAGGGGAAGUGCUGCGGGUCCACGAAGCCCACGCCAACCCGCUGAAGACUUUAUUUGAGGUCCGGUAUGAGAGCGAGCCGGAGUGGAGGUACUACCUGGAGCUACUGAUAGACUAUAAGAAGGGCUGGCUCAAAAUCGAAGACGAGGACGACCAAACAAAUGUCUAGGUGCCAGUUUUGCGUUUUGACGCGGCACACUGCGAUCACGGGUCUCCUGUGGGCUGUUUUUAAAUACUUCUCAACAGCAGGCCGAUGCACUUUUUUUGUAAUAAAGUCCACUUUGUAACAGCAGUCUGGAGGCAGCAGCCAAUGAGCAACAUCCUGUAAUGUGUUUUUUUUUUUUAUGGCUUGUCUUUCACAUCAUGAACAGCUUUUCUGGUUUCUUCAACCGUCGUCGUGUAAAAGUGCAACAACACUGUAAAGUGAUGCAAAACAAAUCCAUGUCUUUUUUUUUUUUCUUUUUUUUUUUAAUAAACCCUGAAGUCUGGUAUUUAUUUGCAUUAUCUGUGUUUCUGCUGAAUGCUACUGAAGUUAGUGACUCGUAGAAAGUUAUUUUGCUAGUAAGAAAUUAGAUAUCAAAUAUGAUGUUUAGAAAAAAAGUUUCACUGUGAAUUAGCUUGCGUUCUACUGUAAACGUCUAUACAGGUUUACUCUAUUAGUGCCUGUCCAUCAUAAGAGUGAUGUUUUUUUAUUGAUUGUUGUUGGUUGUAGCUGGAUAGGCAUUAAUGUAGUUUUAUACUAAGCUGCUAAAGGACUUUGUCAUAGCGUUUUAACCUCGGUAAACCUUAACACCUUCACCUCAUUUUGUAUUUUGGAUAAUUGCUGUGUUUUUCUGCAGAUUAAAUUGUUUAAGUGUCA